AUGAAGAAGUUCAAUCAUUCCUCGGCCGAUUGCCCUGGACAGGUCUGCCCAAAAGGAUUCUAUUGUCGAAAAGGAAUCUGUACUCUCUGGCAACCUGUGAGGAAAUUCUCUGCUGCAUCAUGCCGUAAAGACUCAGAUUGCUCUGGAACUGAUUUGUGUAGCAGUCGGGAAUGUGAGCCGGUGUCUAAUUUUCAAAGGAGUAACGAAAUGAAUCAUUGUCCGGAAGAGAAUUCUUGUGAAUUCGGAUUGUGUCGUUAUAUGUUGGACCUUGUUUUUGACGAUCAGAACCCAAAGUAUGUCCUCUUGAACGACUCGAUUGCUCAUGGAAUGAAAUAA